AUGCCUGAAUCCAGGUCUUUGAAGCGCCAGCGCAUCGCUCGCGCCUGUGAUCAGUGUCGGCGUCGAAAAUCCAAAUGCGACGGAGACCAGCCAGUCUGCGCCAUCUGCCACUCGGCUGGCAGGACCUGCACGUAUGAAAACAUCAGUCGGCACCGGGGAUUGCAGUCGGGAUAUGUUCGCAGUCUAGAGGUAACUCUAGGGCUUUUUCUCGAGCGGUUCCCUCGGAAUGAGGAUGUCUUGCGACGCUUCCUGCGCGACCCUCAGUGCAAGACGCAGCUACCGGCGAGUGAGUUGGCAGAGCGUGGGCGACAGUCCCGGCUAGCCAGACACGUGUAUCGAGUGCUGAACCCUGACUCACAGGAUGAGUCGAGUAGCGAGCUUGAAGAAUAUGCAGAAACUGCAUCACGAGGAUGCGACAUUGAUGAAGGGGGAGGAAGAGGAGAGGAAGGAGAGGGCAUUGCCCGGGAAAAAACCCCUGACAGGCACAGAAUAUCUGAGGCUGUCUCAGUGGAAUACCUCAAUCAACCCAUCCCGAGUAAUGCCGAUCAGCUGCUGCAGUUCUAUUUUACCCAUAUCCACAGCUGGCUUCCUAUUGUCGAGCGUCGGGACGUCCUCCGCGUCCUGCACACCCCUCCAGAUGCGUCAUGCUCGGCUCGAGACGCCGCCUGUCGUCUAGUGUUAUGGGCCAUUGUCGCCUAUUCAUCGGCAAUGCAUGAUACACUAGGUCGAGGCAGCCAGGUCGACCCAACGCAGAUUGCUCAAUCCAUCCGAUUGCAAGUCCUGAGGGACAUUGACCGGCUGCAGCUUGGCCAUCUCCAAUCUCUGUUGAUCGUCACCCUCCUUUACCUGGGGGUGGGCCAUCUGCGUCUGGCGUGGGUACUCGUUGGCGAAGCCACGAGGAUGCUCGAAAUGCUUCCGGAAUCUGUCAGGUGCGCUCGCUACAUACACAUCCGGCAUGGAUGCAUCUUGAUCGACAAUCUUACUUCGGCAAUCCUGGAGAAAGCUCCAUGUGCUUCGCUUGAUGAUCUGCGACAGUGUGCCUUAGUGAGCGAGGACGAUGUGGACGAAUGGGAGCUGUGGUCUAUGAUGCGACCGGACAAGGCUUCGGGAGGCAGUGUAGUCACAAAAGGCCCCUUGCGAGCUCUAAGCAGUCUCAAUCUUAUCCACGAAUUGAUGCGAUUUCUUACUCAGAUACUCUAUUAUCCAUCUGGGACCCUCCCUAUCCAGGAGCUCAUCGUCGAGCUACGGAACUUGCAAGACCUUGUGACGGCCAGGCGGCCUUAUCGCGGUCUUGAGUUUGCAAGCCCUCCUCUUCUUACGCUACAUCUAAUCACAGCCUUCGUGGUAUUUUCUCUCGCGCUGAAGCACAAGACGUUCGAUCCGGCCAUCAAGCCGCUGGCCUUGACUAGCUUGCGCUUUACUCUUGAGAUACUAGAUGCAUAUACAGAAAUUACUGGGAUGGCGGGCUCAUCUCCGCUGCUUCGCUGCUUUUCCUUUCAGGCCUACCGGUGCCUACAGAGUGCUCCUAGCAUGUUGGGACCGGGAAUGGAGCAGCUGAGCAGUCGACUCAUCAAUCAUAUGCAGAAACUCAAGCGAAGCGGUGAGGGUGGCACUCCAAGUGAGGCGCUACGUUUUACAUGGUUGCCCGUGGGGAAUCACCUUGAGUGGCCUUACAUGUCAGUGCCACGACUCGAUUACCAGAGGCCUUUGGCGCCUGGAGGCACUGUAUACGGUGGACUUGAUCUUACCCAGGGGAACACGGUAGUAACAGACCAAGUAAUGGCAAUGCCCGGCUUGCCCAAUACUUCUGGUGUUAUGGAUGCUGGAAAUGAAACACAGGCUCAGGAGCCUGAAGACUUUGAUGCUCUCUUCGAGGAAAUGGUGGCUUCUAUUCCACAAACCAGAAACGAGCCCACCUUUGCCGAGAACUUGGGGUUCUAUGCAGGAAAUCUAGAUACAGACUUCCUUGCUCAGCUGCAACAUGUCCCAGACAAUGGUUGA